AUGUAUAUCCGUGUUCGAGUAUCAGGGUAUUGGUUGGGCGUUUUGUUCGUUGGUGGACUAUCUGGAUUGGACGUUCAACUUCCCAUUAAACUUGUUGCAAAGAACAGGCUCGCUAUCAUGGGUGUCACGAGAGGAAGUAUCGAGCAGCUAAAGAAUCUGGUACAUCUCAUUGCUGGUGGACAGAUAGAAGCACCAGAUUAUGUCGUGUAUCCAGUAAAUCAAGCAUCACAGGUCUUGAAACAACUUUCAAUGUCCGAAGUCGAAGGCAGAGCGAUCCUUGGAGGUGUGCGACCCUGA